UUAAAAUGGGGUCGCUGGACCAGGUUGUCGCUGCAAACGAGCGACGAGCAAUUGCGUGCGGUUACGCCUUUAGCCAUCGUCUUGAAAAGGUCAAUGUUACAGAUUAUACACUUGUUUUUGCCAUCGACUAUCUGACACUGACAAGUGAGUGACAGGUGGUCAUCUGGCGGCUGAGUCUGGCUGGUGACAGGCGAGACAAUAUUGUAUUUUCGCGGGAAUGCUGUUCGAAGUGUCAAACACACAUUUUUAACUAUUUUCAAGCUUUUAGUUUGGUAUUUAAAGCUCUUUUCAUAUUUUCAUCCAUGCGAAGAACUAGUUCUGAUAAAAGUAAGUUUUUUUAUAAAUAUGGAUAUAAUUGAAUCGAUCAAGAAAGACAAGGCGUAUCUGAAAUGUAAAUUAAUAGUCAAAAGUUGGGAAAAAGAUUUCAAAUUAAAGUACCACCGUGCUCCGACGAAAUUUGACAUAAAAGAAGCUCCGGCUAAAAUAAAAUAUGCUUACAAAAAGUACUUUCAACUUAAAAGUGAAGCUCUGGAGAGCUCACUCUCUAUUUGUGAUAUUGAAGAACCCAUGCUCUCGCCGGAACCGGCGCACCAACUGGAACUUCCCCCGUCCGAGUCAACGAGCCCACAGCCAGAGCUUCCAAACUUGCCUUCUGGUCAAGAACUAGAAAAAUUAUUGUCAAACUCAGGACCUCAACAUAAAGUUAAGCCUUUAACACCAUUCUCAGAAAACUUAUCAAAAAAGCUGUUUCAAAAUAGAAAAUUUAGUCUAAGGAAUCCCAGAAAACUCUCUUUACCAAAAUCACAACAAAGCUUUCAAUGCAUAACACAAAAUCAAGAUAGAGAAAUCAAUGAUAUUCAAAACAGUUCACAAGAAAACAAUCUGACUGAAUUAAAUACUGAUUUUCCUAAUACAUUUACUAUCAUUCAAGAACCAGUCACCAGCAAAAACAUUUCAAUGUGUGGUCUUACUCAGUCUAGUUGCUCUUUUGCGACAAAGGAUUAUCCAACAAAACCAAUGGUUAGACAAUUGAACAAUGCAUGGAUUGAUAGAGCUUCUGGCGUCAGUACAGACAAGAGUAAUCAAUUCAAUAAGCAAGAAACAUUUGGAUUAGGAAACAUCAAAGUUGCAGAUCUAAAUGACAAGCAAUGUGACUAUGUUGAAAACAGUGCAUCUGAGGAAGAAGAAACAGUCAUUGACAAAUUAAAACCAGCUCUCAAAAAAAGGAAAAUAAAUAAUAAAACUGUAAGUAUCAGUAAACAUGAACUGAAUAGUGAUGAAGAAAGUAACAAAUCUUCUCAAAAGCAAUCAAGCAUUGAAAAUCGUGAAAAACCUAAUGAAGUUAUUUCCAAAAUCAACACUAGAACUGGUAAAAAGAAUAUUAUUGAGGAAGAUCAACAACCUCCUGAUAUAAGAGAAUUUAUACCUUUUGGGGUAGAAAAAGACAUUCAACCCCGACAUCUAGAAAUCACAAAUGUUCUCAAAAAUGUAAACAGUGUUUUAGGCCAAUGUAAUAAAUCAGAUGAAAGUACAGAAAGUAAAAGGUUAGAAAAUAAAAUUAAUAGUGGAACAUUGAAUGAAAACUUUGUAAAAAUUAAUAUAGAAAAAAAAGUAUUUGUUAGAGGAAAAAAAAGUAUUAACUUCUCAAAGUAUAAAAAACAAUUAUGGAAAACAAAGAAGAGUCUUCAUGGAGGAAUGGAGUUUCCUGAAUCAGGUAAAAUAGCAUGUUUCAAAUGUGGAGAAUCUGGUCAUAUGGCUAGAUACUGUAAAUCACACAAAGGAGAAACAUUAUUACCACUUGAGAGUUAUAAUGAAAAUGAUAUACCAACUUUAGAGGACAUGCAAAAGUAUGCAGCAGACCCAACCUGCAACACUUUAUCAAUAGCUGAACAGUUACAGGAAAGUAUAUUUGAGAGUAGCCAAAUUCCAGAUACCUUUAUGAAGAUGUUAGCUGAUUCACCUAGCGGUGAAGAUGGAGGCAUUGCACCUUUAUAUAAUUAUGAUCAAGAUAUUUCAAUGGAUCUGGAUGAAGCGCUUCAUAAAUUUGGACACAAAUCCUUUAGGUCUGGACAAAAAAUUGCUAUAAAACGCAUUUUGUGUGGAAUGUCAAGUUUACUUAUAUUAUCCACUGGGGGUGGCAAGUCAUUAUGUUACCAACUGCCAGCAUACCUUUAUAGUCAAAAAUAUAAAUGUAUAACUUUGGUAAUUUCUCCUUUAGUUUCAUUGAUGGAAGAUCAAGUUUUAAAUGUACCAGAAUUCUUAAAAGCUGGAUGUUACCAUACCAAUCAAUCACAGACCCAGCGAAGUAAAAUUCUGCAAUGUUUGAAGGAAGGCUUACUUAAUAUUCUUCUGAUAUCACCUGAAGCUUUGAUAGCAGGGGAUUCAUCAAAUGGUUUAUCAGGUUUGUUUAAAUCACUUCCUCCCAUUGCCUUUGCUUGUAUUGAUGAGGCACAUUGUGUGUCACAAUGGAGUCACAAUUUUAGGCCUAGUUAUCUUAUGAUAUGUAGAGUUUUAAGAGAAAAAUUAAAUGUUAAGUGUAUUCUUGGAUUGACUGCAACAGCAAGUCAGUCAACUAUAAAAAGUAUAAUCAGCCAUAUCAAUAUACCUGAUGGUGUAACUGGAGUGAUUAGGAACCCAGCACUUCCUGAUAAUCUCUGCUUAUCAGUGUCAAUGGAAAAAGAUAAAGACAGAGCUCUAGUUUCGUACUUGUUAUCAGAACCAAUCAUUUUAUUUAAUGCUAUCAUUGUGUAUUGUAUAAGAAGAGAUGAAUGUGAGAGAAUAGCAGCCGUAUUAAGAUCAUGCUUACAAGAACCUGGCAAAAUAAAUAUGGAAGCUAAAAACAAUAAAAGAAAAAGAAUGUCAUAUAUAGCAGAAGCAUAUCAUGCUGGCAUGUCUGCUGCUCAGAGAAAAAAAAUACAGAAACAUUUUAUGGAUGGAACACUAAGGAUAAUAGUAGCGACAGUUGCUUUCGGAAUGGGUAUUAACAAAGCAGAUAUUAGAUGUAUAAUACAUUAUAAUAUGCCUAGCAGUUUUGAAUCUUAUGUGCAAGAAGUUGGAAGAGCUGGACGCGAUGGUCAGCUUGCAUAUUGUCACAUUAUAUUAAGUAACAAUGACAAUGACAAAAACGAACUUUUAAAACACAUUCAUGCUAACUCUAUUGAUAGACCUACUAUAAGAAAAUUGCUUUCUAAGGUGUUUAUCCCAUGCGAAUGUAUUAAAGCUCGGAAAGAUUCAUCCAAUGCAUGUUGCAAUGGUCAUGAGGUGGGAAUCCCCAUAGAUUCUACGGUAGAUGAACUAGAUUUACCGUCAGAAAACAUUGCAACUAUGUUAUGUUAUGUAGAACUUCAUCCCAAACAAUAUAUAAAAUUUUUAAACAAUGCUUACAUAAACUGCAAAAUCUCUUCUUACGGAGGGCCAAAAAAAAUUCACGAGGCGGCUAAGUCUUGUAGACCACUAGCUAUGGCAUUGUUAAUAGAAAAUAAGAAGGACCCCAGUAUCAUGAGCAAUAGUGUUUUAGAAUUCAAUGUUAUUGAAGUAGCCGCAGCCAUUGGUUGGGAGAGUGGUGUAACGAAAUACCAAUUAAAGAAUUUAGAGUGGAAUACGGAAACAGGAAUUUCACGAAGAUCACAUUUAAAAGUUGAGUUUAACACACUUGGUUUUAGGAUCAGAGCUAGAGGAGACUUGAGUUCUGCAGAACUUGAUAGCAUUUUAGAUGAAUUACACAAUUCUGUGGUUUCUCAAGAAAAAGCGAGAUUAUUUCAGCUAGAAGAGUGUAAUUUAGCGUUUCGGAGGUUAGGAAAUUAUUCUCUUGAAAGUACAACCUUAUCCAAAGAGGUGCUUCUAAAAUCAUCAAAUGUUUUAAAAGACACUAUAAGAAAUUAUUUUGAAAGAGACAGUUUACCUGCCAACUUAACAUUAGCAGAAAGGCCAUUAGAUGUUGAAAGAGUAAUCCCUGAUGUUCGCGCGUUAAUUUGUACUUAUAAAGAUUGUAAUUUUACUGGUAGGAGUAUAGCAAGAAUAUUCCAAGGAAUUUCAUCUCCAAACUAUCCAGCCAUUGUAUGGGGUAGAUGCAAAUUUUGGAGAUCACAUUUGCAUGAAGAUUUCAAUGGAUUGAUAAAAAUAGCAACACAACAAAUAAUUCAGUUAAAACUUUAGGUAGAUUUUCCAAAUAGGGAGGUAUUAUUCAUUAUCUGUUCUUGUCUAUUUAUAUGCUAGAUAUUUUGUCAUCUUUAAUGUUUGGUAUGGUAACUGCUUAACUAAAUAAUUAAUUUAUGUAUAUUUGUAUGUUAUUAUAGUAAAAAACAAAAACAAUUAUGAAUCUCAAACUCUGUUAUCUGAAGAAUUGUGAUUGACCGCGUAUUCAUAUUUGACAGGAUACUCUUCAAAUGCUUGUAGUCUGAAUUUAAUUUAUUUUGUUAUUUCUUUACUUGUACGAACAUUAAAUGUGAGUAUUUAAUAAACAA